UGGGAAGUGGGGGAAUCUACCCACAGCAAUUAGCUUGCACCCCGAUCUUGCUUUUAGACGCAUCCCCUUGGCCCGGGGGCGAGGAUGAAGCAGACAGGAGAGGCACAAAGUCUCAACUUAACUUUGUAACAACAACAACAACAACAGCAACGUUAUUUGUGCGUGUAUCUGCGGGCGGCCAGAAGCAUGAGCUGAUGCUGAGGGUCCGGGCUACCCCCCGCCCCCUCUUUUGCCUCCUCCUUCUCCUCCCCCUGCCGCCGCCACUGCCCUCACUGCCGCCGCGCGCGCGCACACGCACACACACGCACACACACACACACACACACGGCACUUGGGCCGGGUUUCCGCGCGCCGUCCCCGGGCUUGGAUGGGAGUUUGAUUUCGGAAGGAGGCAGAGCCCGUGAAAGGCGCUGAACGCCUGGAAGCCCCAAGUCCCCAGCGACUCGCCACCGCCGUCCGUCCGCUGUCACUUCUUGCGCUGGCUGACCCCGGCCAAGGAACCCGCACACCGAAGCUUUGUUGUGGAAAUCCUAGUUACCUGGAGGAGCAGUGCCUGGAGCCUUGGGUAAAAGGGUUGUGAAAAGAUUUCCAUUAGAGUGAAAAUCAGAGGCUUAGAACCCACACCAUGGAUAACUUAUUGGACUUUGCCUGAAAGGAGUCAUUAGUGCCACUGCAUAUUUGAUCAUCCUGGCUGCAGGUUUUUCAGAAUGAAUGGAAGGUCAUGCAGCAUGAGUCUCCACCGGACCCCAGGAACUCAGGGGCCUGGGAUGGUCAGUGGCCAGCAUAUUCCUCCCAUCCGAGCCCAUUCAGGGACUCCUGGUCCUUUAUCCUAUGGCAGCACACCAAGUCCCGCGCUUGGAAGCCUUGCUAGCAACUUCCAUCUCAAGAUGUCCUCGGGAGGAGGGAUGGCUCUUCAGAACAACAUGGCUGAGAGCCCCAUCCAUCUACCUGCCCUGAGCCCCAGGCGACAAGUGCUCACCAAUGGGAAACCACGAUUCCAGGUCACUCAGGCUGGAGGCAUGUCAGGGUCAUACACUCUAAAGCCAAAGCAGCAAGAGUUUGGAAGUCCUUUUCCUCCAAAUCCUGGGAAAGGGGCUCUUGGCUUUGGGCCUCAGUGCAAGUCCAUUGGAAAAGGCAGCUGCAACAAUCUAGUGGUCACCAGCAGUCCCAUGAUGGUUCAGCGACUGGGACCCAUUUCACCUCCAGCAAGCCAGGUCUCCACAGCAUGCAACCAGAUCAGUCCUAGCUUACAGAGGGCAAUGAAUGCAGCCAACCUGAAUAUACCUCCUUCAGAUACCAGGUCUCUUAUUUCACGGGACUCUGUGGCUUCCACAACUUUGAGUCUGACAGAGAGUCAUUCGGCCUUAAGUGUGAAACAAGAGUGGUCACAGGGCUACAGAACUCUCCCUUCUCUGGCCUCCAACCACGGCUCUCAGAAUGGUAUUGAUCUAGGGGAUCUCUUUAGCCUUCCUCCUGGGACAUCCAUGUCUAGCAACAGCACCUCGAACUCAUUGCCAUCCUACCUUUUUGGCAUGGAAAACAGCCACUCUCCUUACCCUAGUCCCCGACACUCAUCCACGAGAUCGCACUCAGCCCGCUCCAAGAAGAGGGCGCUGUCCUUGUCCCCGCUGUCCGAUGGCAUUGGCAUCGACUUCAAUACCAUCAUCCGCACAUCGCCCACGUCCUUGGUCGCCUACAUCAACGGAUCAAGGGCCUCCCCGGCCAACAUGUCCCCACAGCCUGAGGUCUAUGGGCAUUUCCUAGGGGUACGUGGCAGCUGCAUUCCCCAGCCAUGCCCAGUGCCCAGUGGACAGAAGGGUGUGCUGGUGGCCAGCGGUGGGCUGGCAUUGCCGGCAUAUGGUGAAAACGGGGCGCAAGAGUACGAGCGCAUGCAGCAGCUGGAGCAUGGUGGCCUGCAGCCGGGGCAGGUCACCAACAUGGUGGUGCAGCAUGGCCUGCCAGGUCCAGAAGGCCAGCCAGCUGGCAUGCUCAAGACAGAGCGCCUAGAGGAGUUCCCAGGUUCCCUAGACCUGCCCUCUGCCCCCUCUCUUCCUCAUCUGCCACCACCCCAAGGCCCUCCGCCCCCUUACCACGCCCACCCACACCUUCACCACCAGGAGCUUCUGACCCAUACUCAGACGCUAGCCCUACCCCAGGCCACCAUGGAUGAGGAUGGAGAGAUGGAGGACCUAGGAGGCAAACACUGCUGUCGCUGGAUAGACUGCAGUGCCCUGUAUGACCAGCAGGAGGAGCUGGUACGGCACAUCGAGAAGAUCCAUAUAGACCAGCGCAAGGGGGAAGACUUCACCUGCUUCUGGGCUGGCUGCCCUAGAAGGUACAAGCCCUUCAAUGCCCGCUACAAACUGCUCAUCCACAUGAGGGUUCACUCCGGGGAGAAGCCCAACAAGUGUACGUUUGAAGGUUGCAAGAAGGCCUUUUCAAGGCUUGAGAAUCUCAAGAUACACUUGCGGAGCCACACAGGAGAGAAGCCCUAUCUGUGCCAGCAUCCGGGCUGUCAGAAGGCCUUCAGUAACUCCAGUGACCGUGCCAAGCACCAGAGGACACAUCUGGACACUAAACCUUAUGCUUGUCAAAUUCCAGGAUGUACCAAACGCUACACAGACCCAAGUUCCCUAAGAAAACAUGUGAAGGCACAUUCUUCCAAGGAUCAACAAGCGAGGAAAAAGCUGCGGUCCAGCGCAGAGCUUCAUCCAGACCUUCUCACAGAUUGCCUCACUGUGCAGCCCCUGCAGCCAGCCACUUCCCCAAGAGAUACUGCUGCAGAAGGCCCCUUGGGCUGCUCCCCCAGGUCCGGUCCUGACCUCUACCCAGCUCCCAUUUUCUCCAGCAAUCAUUCAAGCCGAAGUGGAACAGCUGCUGGGGCCGUGCCACCCCCACAUCCUGUCAGUCACCCUUCUCCGGGACAUAAUGUACAGGGGAGCCCUCACAACCCCUCCUCUUCCCAGUUACCUCCACUCACAGCUGUGGACUCGGGCGCGGAGAGAUUUGCCCCUCCUGCUCUCUCACCUCACCACAUCAGCCCUCGAAGAGUUCCAGCUCCCUCCUCAGCCCUGCAGAGAACACAGCCUUCCCAUACCCAGCAGCCCUCGGGUGCACACCUGAAGUCCUAUCAGCCAGAGACAAGCUCUUCUUUUCAACCAAAUGGUAUCCACGUCCAUGGAUUUUAUGGACAGCUGCAGACAUUCUGCCCACCACAUUACACGGAAUCCCAGAGAACCGUGCCGCCCAGCAGCUCCUGCAGUGUGGUACCAUCCUUCGAGGACUGCCUGGUCCCUACAUCCAUUGGCCAGACUGGUUUCGAUGUUUUCCACAGAGCCUUCUCCACUCAUUCUGGCAUUACAGUGUAUGACUUACCUUCUGGUUCCUCCAGCCUCUUUGGGGAGUCCCUUCGCCAUGGGCCUGAAGAUACCACACUCCUACAGAUCAGUGCAGUGGACCGCUGCCCUAGCCAGCUCUCCUCAGUCUACACAGAAGGCUAAAAGCUUCCAUGCCCUCUACUGCAUAUCCAGAGCCUUUUAGUGGUGAUUUCUGGCCUUUUGUUUUCAUGUUCUCACCGAUCAAGUGAAGCAGUAUGUCAACUCAAUGUGUGGAGCAGAGAGGUUACCAUGUCUGGAAAGCCAGACGGAAAAUGGUGGCAGGAAGUUUGCACUUGUUCCUUUUUCUCUCUCAAUUUGCUGGACAAGGUGACCAGCAGGACUUUCUUUUCAAAGGGAAUUUAGAGUCUCACACUACCAGAUACCUGUUACUUCCUUGCUGUCAUCCCUCAAAAUACAUCAGUGAAACAAUAUCUGCCUGGAAAUCAAGUUUGGGAAUAACCCUUGCUGAAAAUUCCAAAGAGGGAAGGACAGCCCUGUUACCUUUGGCACAGUGAGCUGCCUUACCCACCAUUCUUCAUCACAGCUGCACAAUGCAAAGCCAAGCCAGACCAGGAAAAUCAACAUCCAAAGCCUACUAUGGUCUCCAGUUGGACAAAUGUUCUGGGGUUCCCUCUAGUUUUUGAAUAGCUUCAGUGCUGGCCAAUUGCUUCUCAGUGUUUCUCCAAUGGCAAAAUGAAGUUUCUUCUUCCAGCCACAUAUGUUGUUUUGGGCUCUUAAAUACUUGUUAUUUACAUUUCUUUAACAAGAAGAAAAUAUUUAAAGGUUUGUUCUUUGGAUGGAGAUUGUUAUUAUUUUAACCCUUUCAGUUACAUAUGUUUUGCCAGAUCUUUUACUCUGCCUUGACCCUACACCUGGAAUGUUUUGUAGCUAGUUAGCAGAGGCUCCCUGAGGGAAAUGGAAUGGGCACACACACACACAUACACAGGGUCCCUUAGGGAAAUGGAAUGGGUGCACACACACACACACACACACACACACACACACAGAGGGUUCCUUAGGGAAAUGGAAUGGGUGCACACAUAUACUCACACACAAAAGCACACACGCACACAUACACCAUGCUCCCAGUCUCAUGGAUUGACUGGUCAGUAACUUCACCGUGUGAACUUUGUCCUUUGACUGGUUCUCCAUUGUCUGUGCUCUGAUUCUCUGCCUGAGAAAUGCCAGGGACAGGAAAACAGACACAAGACACCAUGUGUUUACCUUGCACUUAUUUUGCAUUUACUUUGCACUCCUUUGAUCAUUUCCUUCUGUGUACCCUCUCAACUGCCUAUCUUUCCCCCGAACUUUUCCCUUCCUUUUUUUCAUAUCCUUUUCCUAUUCUUCAUGACUAACACUCACUGUAUCCUGCCUUGUCAACUGUUGGAAAGGCAGGUGGUUCACAAAAGAUGAGCUAAAGCACACAACUCUUCACUGAAACUCUAGUUUGAAGGCCUGGGGAUUUUUUCAUAGUCCCUUUGGCUAUUUUUUUAUAUAAGGCCUAAACACAAAGUCAUUUUCAGUGAUACCUUUACAAAAGUAUUUUAAAAAUAUACCUUAGUGCAUAGGCUAUGAAACAACUUGGUCCAUUCUGAUGCUCUAGUGUGCUCACAUUUCAAUUUCUUACUCUUCUAAUUUUUAAAAGUAUUUUGAAUGAAAGAUGAAACUUUGGUCAAACCGAGAUCAUCACAGUCUUCAGUAUGACAAGCAUGUCUUUCUAAGACUUUGGGGCAGACAGCUCUUUCCAGCCUGACUGUAAAAUCACAAAUGUGCUCCCUGAUUUGCUUUCUGUUCAUUCCACCAUAGAAAGGGGGAGAAUCAAGAACCAAGUGUGGAUUUUGUUUCACAGCACCCGUGGCUAAUCUGGUUUCUCUUAUAAUUAGGCUCUGUCCUCUGAAUGCUAUCAUGUAUAUGUUCAUUUCUGCAAAACUUU